CAAAUCACACCUAAGCCUGCAUUUUAAUACCAAGAGAGACGGCCACCAAAAGCUUUCUCCUUUUCCAUUUUUUUUCCCUUUUUAUAUUAUAAAAGAUUGCACUUUUUUAAAUUUUGGUGUUUUGAGGAAAUUUUUGUGAUUAUUUGGUUGUGAAAUUUAGGAUUUUGGCAACAUGGGUCGGUCCAAAUCUGAUUAGGGAGGGCUCUCCGAUCAAAAGGGAGCUGUUUUUUCUGUAAAUUGAGAGAACCUAGAAGGUAGGAUUUGAUUAUUGUGGACAAGUUAACAUGCGUUGCAGCUGCUUUGGUGCUUCGGUUGCUGAGAGGAAAAGGAAAUCUGGUUCUGGUCAAUUUGGCCAUGAUCUUGAUGAGAAUGUGCUGGAAAAUAUCAAGGCUUUCUCCUACAAUGAAUUAAGAUCCGCGACGGAUAAUUUCCAUCCGAGUAAUAAGAUCGGGCGAGGCGGUUUUGGAACUGUAUACAAGGGAACCCUGACAAGUGGAAAGCAUGUUGCUGUCAAGACACUUGCUGCUCAGUCGAAGCAGGGAGUCCGUGAAUUCUUAAAUGAGAUUAACACUAUCUCAAAUGUCCGGCAUCCAAACCUUGUUGAGUUGAUUGGGUGCUGUGUUCAGGAAGCUGAUCGAGUUUUGGUCUAUGAAUAUGUUGAGAAUAAAAGCCUUGAUCAUGCAUUAUUAGGUCCAACGAGUAAUACCAUCAAACUGGAUUGGGAAAAAAGAUCAGCCAUUUGCUUGGGUACUGCCAGGGGUCUUACGUAUCUUCAUGAAGAACUGGUGCCACAUAUUGUACAUAGAGAUAUCAAGGCUAGUAAUAUACUUUUAGACACAGAUUUUAACCCAAAAAUCGGAGACUUUGGGUUGGCUAAACUCUUCCCUGAUGAUAUCACUCAUAUCAGCACAAGGAUUGCGGGAACAACUGGUUAUUUGGCACCAGAAUAUGCAUUGGGAGGUCAGUUAACCCUCAAGGCCGACGUUUACAGUUUUGGCAUUCUUAUUCUUGAAAUAGUAUGUGGAAGAGGCAGUGCCAAGGGAGACUGGGGUGGGACAGAAAAGUUUCUGCUUGAAUGGGCAUGGCAGCUCCAUGAAGAAGGGAGACUGUUGGAGCUAGCUGACCCGGAGAUGGGGGAAUUUCCGGAGGAAGAAGUCCUUAGGUACAUGAAGGUGGCAUUUUUCUGCACCCAAGCAGCAGCAAACCGAAGACCAAAGAUGAGCCAGGUUCUUGACAUGCUCUCGAGAAACAUAAGACUCAACGAGAAACAACUUACAGCCCCAGGUUUCUUCAACAGUUCAGGGAGCCUGAGCGGACCUUCAAGUAAAAAAUCAUUUUCUGAAACCACUACCGGUCAGAUGAGUUCCGUCCCCGACGCUAUCACUCAAGUAACACCUCGCUGAAGAACAAUGUAAUUGUGAUUCAGAGGAAGACGAAGAUGAAAUUAUCUGCAAGUCCGCAAGAAAUUAUUCAACAGUUCAUAAUUUUUGUCAACCAUUUUACACGCUUUUUUUCUUCUUUUCUUUUUAGCCAUUUUGAGUAGGGAGAGGGUGGUUUGAGCAGAGUCUAUAAUUAUUUUUUUUGUCAAAAGCAGAGCUUAUUUGAGAUAAUGAAUUUGUAAUGUUAUUUUUGAUCUGGUGGUGUUAUAUUUUUUACUUCGGAGGAGUACAAUGGAAGGCAAGAAUGUUGGAUAAAUUAAUCAAUACACCCUUGACAAGCGUUUUUUGUGGGGUCUAUUUUGUAAUA